UUCUCCUCGUACACGUCUCUGAAACAUCCAGAGUACAUUCUGUGCUAAUCUCACUGAGCAGGCGUACAGGCACAGCCAAAUGUCUCUAAUCUUUGCCCUAGAAACAAGUCUAAUAUGUAUCUCUGUCUGUAAGCGAGUUUGCAUUGACCCUCAAAAGACUGAAUGCCAACUCUCAUGAGCACAUUUGCAAUGUGUGUAUGAAAAUAAGUAUAAAUACUUAUUUAAUAAAAGCUCACAACAUACCACUAAUAAAAGGCCGGUUAGAAUAAUGUAUUUCCCACAAAUCACUGCCUCUGUUUGUAUCUCUGUCACUGCAGGACCAACGUGGAUCGAGAAGUCAGCGCUCUCAGGAGGCCGACAAUUUUGUUGAAGAAAGAAGUGGAAGAAAAAAAUACAACCGUGGCGAGUUUGGGAAAGAUUUCACUGUGAAAGCUUCCCAAAAAUGCAUCAGGUCAUCCACACAGGAGAGAGACUGUUCAGCUGUGGAGACUGUGGAAAGUUUUUUACCGAGUCUGGAAAGUUAAAAACACACCAACUCAUCCACAGUGGAGAGAGACCGUUCAGCUGUGACGAGUGUGGAAAGUCUUUUACGCAGUCUGGACACUUAAAAACACACCAACUCAUCCACACUGGAGAGAGACCGUUCAGCUGUGGAGACUGUGGAAAGUCUUUUACCGAGUCUGGAAACUUAAAAACACACAAACUCAUCCACACUGGAGAGAGACCGUUCAGCUGUGGAGACUGUGGAAAGUCUUUUACGCAGUCUGGACACUUAAAAAGACACCAAUUGAUCCACAGUGGAGAGAGACCGUUCAGCUGUGAUGAGUGUGGAAAGUCUUUUACCGAGUCUGGAAGCUUAAAAAGACACCAACUAAUCCACACUGGAGAGAGACCGUUCAGCUGUGGAGACUGUGGAAAGUCUUUUACCACGUCUGGACACUUAAAAACACACCAACUGAUCCACAGUGGAAAGAGACCGUUCAGCUGUGGAGACUGUGGAAAGUCUUUUACCGAGUCUGGAAGCUUAAAAAGACACCAACUAAUCCACAGUGGAGAGAGACCGUUCAGCUGUGACGAGUGUGGAAAGUCUUUUACGAGCAUUUCACACUUAAAAUCACAUCAACUCAUCCACAGUGGAGUUAAAGCGUACACCUGUGAUCAGUGUGGCAGAGCUUUUACUCACAGUUACAGCUUACAGAGUCAUCUAGUUACCCACUCUGGAAUUAAGGCGUACAGCUGUGACAUUUGUGGAAAAACUUUCAGCCGGAUAGGGAGCCGAAAUAUUCACCUACGCAUUCACACCAGACAUGAUGUGUACAGCUGUGAUCAGUGUGGUAAACAGUUUACCACAAACACAGAGUUACGACGUCACAUGUUUACCCACACUGAGGAACGACCUUAUAAAUGUGACCUGUGUGAGAAGACUUUUAAAUCUCCACGUUACCUGAGACGACACCAACAGAUCCACACCAGAAAGACUCUACAAGUGCAGUUACUGUGAGAAGCAGAGCGACACAGAUGGAUCAAGUUCUCAACCCUGUCAUCGCUGUGGGAAAGACUUUUGUUGUGACCUUUGUGGAAAAACUUUAAGUCAUUGAAGGACUCUGAAAAUACAUCAACGUAGACACACUGGAGACAAAAUGAACUACUGUAAAGAA